UUGAGGCGCUGUACGGGUCGCAAUGGCAACCGCGCAGAGGACGGAAGAGGCAACUUUUGUCGCGCUGCUGAAACAUGUUUAAUUCUACGUCCACGAAAGAGGACACCAGGGAAACUACUUACUAAUGUGAAAGAUAAACGCCGCGGCUUUUCUUCUGUCCUAAAAUGUCACAGGGAUGUACAAUUUCUGUGGAAGAGAUCCAGUCUUGGUGGGAAGUCCCCGCCAUAGCCCACUUCUGCUCGCUGUUCAGGACUGCAUUCAACCUCCCGGACUUUGAAAUCGAGGAGUUGGAGAAGGCCCUCUCGGAGCAGGAUGUGGACUUCCUUGGAGAUCUCAUUGCUUGUUUGCUGCAGGGAUGCUAUCAGCGGAGAGAUAUCACGUCUCAUGGAUAUAGCAGUUACCUGAAUGACAUCAUCAGCUACAGGUGGGAACUAGAAGAAGGGAAGCCCAACCCCCUCCACGACAGUUCUUUUGAGGGCCUGCCUGUCCGCACUCAGGUGGAGCUGUUACACCGCCUCUGUGACUAUCGCAUGGACGCUGCUGAUGUUUUUGACCUACUCAAGGGCCUGGAUGCUGACAGUCUGAGAGUCGAACCACUGGGGCAAGAUGGAGAUGGAGCCCUCUACUGGUAUUUUUAUGGUACCCGCAUGUACAAAGAAGAGCCUCUCAGAAGAAAGUGUGAAAAGGGCAGUGAGAGCCCUGCUUCUACAUCAUCUGCCUCCACAUCGUCUGCCUCAACAACAUCAGAGAAAAAGCGGAGAGGAAGACCAAAGAAGAGACAAUUUGAUGAUCUUCAGCAAAGUGAUACAGAAAGUGAAGGGAAAUUCGACAUCGAUCUACCGGAUUCCUCCCCUGUAAGACUUGAAUAUAAAACUGACUGUAAACGUGGGGCCUGGUCACUUGUGUGUGAUACUGAGGAGCAGUGGGUCAGUCUGGCAGACAGUUUUAAGGACAAGAGCUCCUCACGGGACCGUCACCUUCACCGCGUCAUCACCCAUAACUUCCUCCCCGAGAUCAGCAACAUGAUCGAGCACAAGGAGCGGGAACAGAAGCAGAAGCUACUCAACCCAAAUCCAGUUAGAACAUCAGAAAGGUUCUCUCAAAAAAACGUGAAGCAAGAAGAGGAGAAUAAUUUGUCAGAAGAUGAGAACAAAGAUGAAGAUCUUGAUAGACAGGUUCUACUGGCAGAACAGAGGCGAGAGGAGGAGAGACUUCUUCAAGAGGAACUACAACGAGAGAAGAUGGAGAAGCUCAAAGCUGCGGAGGAGCGGGCAAAGAGAAGGAAGAUGCGUGAGGAGCGCGCCUGGCUGCUCUCAGAGGGGAAAGACCUGCCACCGGAACUUUUAAACCUAGAGCCCUCUUCCCCGGUCCAAAGGAAACGCAGGAACAAAGAACUUAGCUAUGACAUUGACGAUGACUACACUGCUUUAUAUAAAGUUCUUGAGGCACUCAAAGCCCAUAAAGAUGCCUGGCCUUUUUUGGAACCUGUGGAUGACUCUUAUGCCCCCAAUUACCACGAAAUUAUUGAGACUCCUAUGGAUCUGUCUACUAUUGAGAAGAAACUCGGUGAUGGCAAGUAUGUUGGGAAGGAAGAGUUUGUAGCAGAUGUGAAGCUUAUGUUUGAAAACUGCCUUGAAUACAACGGAGAAGACAGUGAGUACACAAUCAUGGCCGAAUCCCUCGAGCGAUGCUUUAAUCGGGCUAUUUUGAAACACUUUCCAUCUGAAGAUGGAGACACGGAUGAAGAAUUUCAAAUUCACAAAGAUGAAAAGGAGCGAAAAGACAAAAAACGCAGUCGUGGAAAUAAAACUACAGGUCCAGAAAGUCUAAUCAAGGCUACCGAACAGGCACAGCGUAAACGCAACACACCUAUGGAGGAAAACGAUUAUAAAUUAACGCGACCACCGUGGUCUAAUGCACCCCCAUUUGGCCAUCCUCCAAACCAGCAGCAGGGCCAUCCCAUGAGGGGCAUGUUUCACCCUGGGCAACAGCUUCAGAGGCCUCAUGGUCCCCACAUGUUUGGCCAAAGAAUUCCUAUGAAUGCUCACUUCAACUAUCCAAAUCACAUGCUACAGAAUGGUGACCCCAACGCGCUACGUCACAGCUUUAACAUGCAGCACCACAUGUUGCCGGGACACCACAUGGGUGCCAGGUAUCCAAUGGGUCCUAAUCCCACGCCUGCACAACCAGGACAGCACCAUCCUUACAUGGGCCCUACCCAUGGCCCUUCGCUCGGGCCCCGUCCUGUGGCCCUUCAGCCAGGCCCUCCCCCUGAAGCCAGCAUAUACCCCUCCCACAACCAGCCUGAAGGCCACACUAUGCCUCCUCUGCCCAACAGGUUCCCUGGGCCAGAUGGCUCACCGCAGCACAACCAUCCUGGGAUGAGGCCUCCUGCUAUUGGACCACCACAUCUGUGGAAUAGCUUGACUCACCGUGGACAGGAACCUCCUGGUGGGAUGCAUAUGCAGGACCCCAGUGCAAUGAACCAGCGCAACUACAGCUAUGGUGGAAUGCCCCCUCCAGUGGGGCACAAACCGUGGCCCGAAGCUGCAGGAUACCCCCCCCCCCCCAAUGCCCAGUAUCAAAUGUCUGCUUCAGGCAAUGGCCCAGGGCCCAUGUCCUCUCGUCCCCCUGGGCCCAGUCCAGAGUUGUCAGGCAGGACCGGCUUGGCCUCGAUGCUGGAAAGCCCAGAAAUGCUGGCUUUACAGCAGCUGUCGGCGUCCUCUGGACCCCCCUCUGGACCCCCCUCUGCUGCCCCACAUCCCCACAUGGGCAUGUAUGAACAGUCUGACCUCCCUUCAGCAGUUGGCAGCACUCCAGCCCAGCCCUCUCAGUGCCCGCCUCCUGGACACCAACUUCAGCUGCCACAUCCCUCUUUACACAAUGGACCAGACCGACCACCAUCUCAGCAGAUGGGCACAGCACCCACAGGCUCAGUGUCAGAGACAAAAAUACCUUCCAAUAAUUGUGUGGACAAUGCUUGGGCACACAAGGACACUGUCUUUGAGGACCAGGAAACAUUGUCUGUCACAAAUGUUCAUCCAAACGGUCCCUUGGAUGAGCUGCACAGUCCUCAGGGAGGAUGUGAGAAUGUGAAUGGAACUGGUUUGUCUGGGAGACCUAAACUCCCAGGGGGCAGCAUAAUGAAUUCAGCAAACUUAAACUUAAGCAAUGGCAGCUCCCAGGAUCCACAUGCCAGGCCUCCUCAACAUGUUUUAGUCCACACUUCUCCACAAAAAAGUCCAGUGCUUUUGCCACAGACUGAUUCUUCAUCACCAAACUCUGCACAUCAAAAACAAGAGAGACACUUUGAUGUUACACAUAACCAACAAGAACAUCAGCAUCCUUUUGUAAAACAGCAGUCACAGGGAGCAUCUCCUCAGAACAUACAGAGUCCACACGCUCAUCCAUUUCCACACAGCUCUCCCAGGCCAAAGGCACAGAGCAGCCCCAGUGCUGCACCAGGGCAACCCUCCUCUUUCUCUGCUCUGCCCCAGCUCAGCCCCGCGAGCCAAGGAGCUCCCAGCCUCCCUGAGCCCAGCAGUAGAUCAGACACAGAGCCAGAUGUGAAGUCUGGUCCUGUUAAUGGUGUUCACCAGGCCUUCAGCCCCAGCAGUCAUCAAGGGCAGCCCAUGGGAACCAACUCUGUUCCAAGGGCUCUUACAAUGACCCAUAAUCCCCCCAUGUCCUCUCAUCCUCAAGGACACAUGAAUAGACCUAUGAGUUCAUACAACAUGAGCAAUCCCUCAUUUAACCCAGCAAAUAGACAUCUGCACCCCUACCACGGUCAGCCUUACAAUCCUCACCACAGUGCUGCGCCACGUGCCAACUACCACCAUCAGGGAAGCCCAUACCCCUAUCAUUCAACUCCUGGGCAGCCACACCCCCAUGCCAACAUGUACGCUGGUCCUCAGUACUCCUACCCUCACGCACAGAGCCAGGGCCAUGGUCAGGUCAAUGGCAGAGGUGGCUAUCCUCCAGAGGACUGGCAUCGCUCACAAUAUCAGCCUCAUCAGCCAAUGCCUGCUAGUGCCUACCUCCCUGCAGCCAGUGCCAAAGGGAGCAGUCAGGCCAGGGAGAGUAGCAUGUCCCCAAUGGGCUCAGAAGGCUCCAGUGGAGCUAACCUUAUUUCCCCUUGUCCUGUCGGGGACGGGCUAGAAGAGCGGGGCAGUGUGAAUGGCAACAGAGGCAGUCCAGCAGAGCAGGGACUCUCAGAGGAGAAAUGUGAGCGGCCUGAAAGCCCCAAAGAAAUCCUGGAUCUGGACAGUCACAAUGCAGCUUCUCAGCACGCCCCUACUCUCACUCGACAUCACCCCUCUGCAGCUCCCAUGGGCCCUGGCUUCAUGUACACCCCCCGCUCGAUGCACACAGCACCACAGCACAUGAUGUCACAAGCUCAAGGGAUGGGCAACAGAGCUCCAUAUCCCAGCCAGCCGUACCCUCCUCCAGGAGGAUACGCUCACAGACCCCACCCUCACCUGAUGGAGGCGCUGCAGCGACCACAGCAGCUGCCCUACUCCCCUGGACAGAGCCGCAUGAACAUGUACACAGCCCCACAGCCUGGGCCACACUACCAGGGCAUGAUGGUCCAGAGAGGCCUGCCACCAGACCACUUUGUGCAUGCCAGCCAACAGAUGCCCAUGCCUGGUGGUUCUGGCAAUAAACAAUCUUAAGAAUCCACUGAACUCAGCAGAUCCUUCGGAGAGGGAAUUGUGCAUCUUCAGCACCAACACAUGUAAUUUGUGACACUGGACAUUGCGCCUAAUGGACACAAUUUAAAAAAAAUGCUUAUGAGCCAUGACUUUAUUUGUGGUAUACACUGAAAGGGACUCGAUGCCGUUUACUGCCCCACUUCCUGUAAUAGACAAGGAUGCAAAGGGGUGUUUCCAGGAAUACUGCUCUUUGUAACCACUAGGCCACUGUGCCUUAAGCAACACUGGACAUGUCUGAUACAGUGGAAUAUUUUCCCACUCUGUAGAAUUUGAGAGCUUUUGAGUACUUUAAUGAAGACAACUGUUUUAUCACUGCAUUAGUCCACACUUUAUAAUUAACUCAGGUUUAACAAGAGGUACUAUUUGACAAAUCUAGCCAGCUUGAAGGCCCCCCCUUACAAAUGCCUUGUUUUACUUUGUGAAUGUAUGUGUGAAUGUUAAGUAGAAGUUCAGCAGGGUAGAACAUAAAAACCUGAAAAGACUUUAAUUUUGUGCAUCAAACUCUGCCCUCCAAGUGAAGAAUGUCUGACACACACUGUAUUCACCAGAACCCACUCUAUAAUGCACUAUUAAUCUAGAAACAAGUGGCCUUGGAUAGUCUUCACAAACACAUUUUUAUUUUAGUUUAGUUAUGAGUACAGCCUUCUCCAUUCUGUUUUAGAUUCACAUGAGAUUGAAGGUUUUAUAGAGAAAAUGAACUCAAGAAAAUGUGACUUGUUUUUCCCUCAGUCCCAAAUGUAAUGAGUUUUCACUUCUCUAAAAAGGGUUCAAUAAUCCUCAGAUGUUAUGAGCCCUGUCUGCUGGUGUAUGCACAUAUUAUUAACACGGUAAUGGAUUUUGUGUAUGUUUCUUGUUCUUUUACUUCAAAUGGUAGAGGUUCUUCUUUCACAUUGAACUUUUUCUCAGGGUGCGCAAUUGCUGUAUACGGGUAUCUUUCUUAAUUGUUCACAGGAAUUUGAAUACGCCUCACACUUUUUUUUUUUUUUUUUCUUUUUUUUUUUACUGAUUGUCAUGCAUCCUUUUUCCUCCGGUUAGGUUAUAUUAAAAUUUCUCAUGUUAUAUUUCACAUUCCCUCGUUUUUCAACUUCAAAUUGGUCCUAGUUUAGUGGCAGUGCUAUCUUUCUAUAGUCUCUGUUUAGACCAAGUUUUGCCUUGUUCUCCAUCUGUUUAGUUCUGUAAUCCUAAACAUAUCUACCUCAUUGAGCCAGAGAGUAGCCACUUCCUCUACUGUUCUGCCAGACACAUGUAGGUUACUUAAAUGUGAUUGUAGCAGCCUUAUCGUAAAUUAUUUAGCUAUAUAGUUAUGAUUGGCCAGUGUCACUGUAAUGUAACUUAUAAUUGUAGAGCUUUUAUAUUACAAAAUUAUUUCCAAAAAUCUGUUUUUGUGCCGUUUCAUCAAUCACAUAUCUGGCCACACAGGAUUUUGUUGUCUUUAUUAUUAAAAUCUGUUUCUACGCAUUGGCUGGCGUUGUAACAGUGUGUACAGAGGGACUGAAAGAUGCACUGUAGACGUCCUUGUUCAUUCAGAUUCUUGUUUCUAUAAUUAGUGGGCCUGAUCAGGUCUCAUUACUAGAUUUAAUUUUUGUCGAUAUUAAACCAGAGAUGAGGUGGUGGCACUGCCUGUAGUGUACAGAUGAGAGUGUAUGAGUGUCUUGUGUGGAAUCAUCACAUGACUUGAUCCAUUCAGCUCUGUUUUUCUGCUGUCUUCUUUCUGCACAAUUGGAAACGUGAUAAAAUGUGAAUCAUAUUUAUUUGCUUUUUAAACUUUUUCGUUUUUUUCUUGUACAUUUUCCCCUUGUUUUAAUAUAAAUGUGUGCUGUCGUUUUCUCCAUGUUUUAAAUUGUUGUCCUAUACCUCGAUUGUUUUGACAAAAAGACCAGUAUGCUUCAUUUUAAGCGCUUCAUAUCUGACUGAUCUUUUUUUUUUUUUUUUUUUUUUUUUUCAAAUGGAUCGAAAUACUGUACAUUUCUUAGAAA